UUUAAAUAGCAUAGCCUAAUCAUCACACACUUCACCUCUAUCCUCUCUACUCACACACACACACACACACACAGAGUACACCCAGAAUUCUUCCCACUCGACGGCGGGUGAGUCAUCAAUAUGAAAGCCUCAAUUAAGUUCCGGGAGGAGCAGAAGCCCUUACUCAGAGCUAAAAUCCCUCUGAAUGUUCUCAGCUUCCCUUUCCAAUCAGGAGUCGUCGCUGGUGAAUCCAAAGAACUAGCGCUAAAUCUCAGCACUUUCUUUGACGCCGGCCCUGCUUUCAAGAUCGUUUACCGCCCCAAUGAUUCCGAAAACCCUUUCAGCUUCAUCUGCAAGACUGGAAUCGGGAAUCUCGGGUCCCCGAUCUCCAGCCCUUUCACGAUGAGUGCCGAAUUCAACUUUGUCGGGAACCAAAACCCCAGUUUCUUCAUCCAUUUCAAGCCUAAAUUCGGGGAUUUCUCGAUCAAGAAGUCUCACUCGUCCUCCACAUCCACCUCCGCCUCCACCGCUGCCGUGAAAAAGAAUGAGCCCAGAAUCGCAGGCGUGGGGAAAGGCGAUGAGACUACGCUGGUCAAGCACGGGUACGCCGUCGACGGGCCUGGGCUGUUUGCCGGUGCCGGGAAAAUCGCGGUUUUGCCGGCUGAGUCCGCGGCGGUUGCUACGGGAAUGAUGGAGAAUGUCAUAACGGGGUCGGAGAUCAAAGCGAAGACAGCUUUCCCUCUGAAUGGCGCCGCGAUAGCGAAUCUCCGGUGGUGCCUUAGGUUUCCGCCGAACGCGACGGCGGAAGGGGAAGAGGAUGCGGUAUUAGUCGGGGCGACGAAUAAGCCAAUGGCUGGGAUUUCGUUUGCAAAAUUGCCAAUGCUCUUGAUGGAUAAAAUCUCGAUCGAACACGUGGCCCAGAAAGAUACAAAAGUAAACGGGUCGGGCUCCUCUAAUUUAGCCGGCAAUAAUGACGUGUCUGGGGCGUGUUUGGAAAUGAAGAAGCAGCUGGAAACCAUUCAAACUGAGAAUGGGCUGCUGAGGAAAGCAUUGGAUGAUCUGAGAUCAGAAAUAUCUGCCGACUUUUCGUUGUCUCCUGCCGGCGGAGGCUACGGCGGCGGUCGAGUUGAUCGGAAACAACCAGGGACGGAUGGGAAAUCGUCCAAGGCCAUUGAAGGAGAUGUGACUGGUGGUGGGUCAAAGAGUGGAGUAAAGGGUGGUAAAUGACUUUGAAUUCUGGGGAAUUCAUUGUCAUCAUUUCUUUUCACGCAUUAGUUGGCUUAAGAGUUUAAAAAAGCAUGUCUAUAGUGUUAAAUUCUUGUAUAACCGGUAGAACAUUGAGUUUUGCUUGAAUGAUCAGACUUAAAUUUUUAUGGGGAAAUAAUUAUUGUGACAUUUUCUUAAACCUGAUGGAAACCAUUAUGACCCAAUUGAUCGGGAAAAAAUAAUCUCGGUUUGUAAGUCACCAACAAAAAAUAGGAUUGAACAUUCUGUUAAACACUGUUAAAAAUUGGCCCAGUGGUAGCAUAUAAGUAAAGGAGAAUGACAAACUCAUUGUAAUUUUGUUUUGUGUCAUGGCGUCAUGUCUGCCAAAUGACUUCAUGGCUAUUACGAAAACAUCCUAAGAAGGGCUUUGUUUGGAUCUUUUUGGGUGCAUCAUUUUGUGUGGAGAAUUUAAAUGUGAAUAUAAAAAAGUGUGUUGAGUAGACAAAUACAGUAUAUUAGACGAAACAAAACCAGUCAAAGAGAACCAAUAUUGCCCACGGAUACCAUCAAAUAUGAAAGAAAAAGAAAAUGAUUUUGGUUCAAUGGAG